ACUAACUGAUCAUUGAUGGAAUUGAUAAACAGGUCAUAUUAGCUUUUACUUUCCCGGAUGUGGAGCAAUAUUUACGGGCGAUACACUGUUUAGCCUAUCGUGUGGCAAAGUUUUUGAGGGAAACUCAGAUCAGAUGCUUGCUUCACUUCAAAAAAUCAUGGCCUUGCCAGAUGACACGGCUAUAUACUGUGGACAUGAGUACACUCUGAGUAAUUCGAAGUUUGCUUUGUCCAUAGAACCCAGAAAUAAAGAACUAGUUGAGUACGCUUCUCAGAUCGCUCAGCUCCGCUAUAAGAACCUUCCAACGAUUCCAACAACGCUGAAGAUGGAGAAGCACUGCAACCCAUUUUUGAGAACAAACAGUGCAGAAAUUAGACAUAGCUUGGGCAUUCCAGCUGCUGCAAGUGAAGCUGAGGCAUUGGGCAUCAUCCGCCUGGCAAAGGACAAUUUCUAGGCUGGUGAGCAUCUUUGUAUUUAAAAGGUAACCCUGUAUAGAUUCAAGAGAAUCAAAUUUGUUAGUCUAUAUUGCUCUGCAGAAAUUUGUUAUGCUGGUGGGCUAACUCUGAUAUUGAACAGAAAAAUCAAAGGCCUAACCAAACCAGAAAGUUGUUUGUUGUACAUGUAGUAAUUGAACUAGAGUAACAAGUUGUAAAUUCUCCUCAA